CGAGCGAGAACGCUUAAAAGCUUUCGGUUUUCGUGUGCCCCGAGCAGAUUCAUCUUUCACCCAGAUCGAGAAUGAAGUGCCUGAUUCUGGCCAUUGCAAUUGCCGCUGUCCUGGUUUCCCAGGCCACAGCUGGAAAUGUGAUUAUCGGCGGCGUCUGCCGGGAUUGCAGUCCGCCUGUGGCGGAAAACGUGGUGGUCGGUGGAAAAACCUACAGAACUGGCCGUCCGGGACAGGGAACCGUUUACAUCAAUUCCCCCGGCGCCUAUCCAGGUGCCUUGGGUGGCCCAAUCCACCGACCAGUGGCAGCUCCACCACGUAUCGCUGUUGGAGGACCAGGAGGUGGCGUCCGGUAUCCUGAUGGGUACAGUGGUCGCCUGCCAGGAGGAACCUAUCUGCACAACAAGGACUGCGUCGGCUGCAGCAUCAGCGGGGGCGGUGACUGAAAAUUAAUAAAGUAAUUAUUUCAUUAACAAGA